AGCCACCGACGACACGUGGAGAGAAACAACGUCACGCUUUCGGCAGCUGCAAGACCAGGCAGGUGCAUCUGCGCGCGUGGGAGGUUGGUUUCACGAGCGAGAAGGGUUAAAAGUUCAUCGGCUUCAUGAAGGGUAAAGAGGCAAUUUCUGAUGGCCAUUCAUGAACUACCACAACAUGGAACAAUAUGUGUAAGUAGAUCUUGGAGGAAGAACUAAAACAUGCCUGGGGAAGAUCUGGACUCUGCAGACAUUAUCCACAACCAAGACAAGAGAGGAGAGCUUUCUGGGGCCAAGCCAAAUGGAGGGACCAUGGAGAUUCGUCAAAACUUGUUUACCUGGAUUGUCGAAGAAUAACUACAUUCCUUCAUUGUAAAUAUUUCCAAAAAUAUUCCAUACAAGUUUUCUAAUGUUGUUGCCGCUGAAUUUAGCGACUCUCUUUGAAUGCAUUCCUGCACUAGUUUUGUAUCACCCCCCUUUUUCACAUGUAUUUGUUUUUUAAUACCUUAUUUAAUGCUAUAUGAUUACCAUUCCAAUAUAAAUAUAGUUUGGGACAUUACAGGAAUUUUAAGUAGGAAAUAUUUUGCUUCUGUUUAGCCGCACAGUCUCCAACAUUUCUACUUAAAAUCUCAAAUUUAAAGAUAGAUGAUCAUUUGGAACAGGAGGGUGUUAGAUAUUAUAAUCUUAAAACAAAGUAAUUGAAAAUGCUGUUGUUUAAAUAUUGGGACAUUAAUUUUAAUAAAAUUCUAUUUUUUUCUGUAGUGGAUUAGAAGUUAAUUGAAGUAACACCACUAAUUUGAGUUUUUGUUUGGUUGUCAGAUUUUUAUAUGGCAGCUUGAUUAGCAGUCUGCUUUUUAAACCAGGGGCUUUGCUGGGGCUAAAAUAUGCUGAUGAAAAGCCAUGACAUGUGUUUCACUCAGCUGUUUUACAGACAACUUGCUCGAUCUGUCCAGAGGCCCUUUACAUCAGCAUGCAGAGAGCAGGUGGCGACAGAAGCUCUUAGAUUUUUCCACAUUCUUCUAUCACUUUCUUUUUGCUCUCAUUUAGCUUUAAUGUUUUUGUAAAUGAGAGGAAAUAGAAAUAUAAAAAAAGGACAAAGAUACAAUGAGAUGAGGAGUAAAUGUACCACAAAAGAAAUAACCCGGUGAUUUCUUAUUAAAAAAUUCAAAGUGCUGUGAUAUUUCCUGUCAGAGACAUCUUCUGAGCAAAACACAACCAUUACAACCUUUGUCACACUUUGUUAUUUGAAUACGACUUACCUUUUUUAUUGUUUCAGUUAGGGAAAACUUUUAGAUCUCAACACCAUAGUCUUUCUGCUCACUUUCACUCAUUGAUACUCCUUUUUUCUCCUUCAUCCAGGGAGAAAUUUAAUUUCCAAAACAAGAAGCGAAGAGAACAGCCUAUACUGCAUGAUUGUCUAACACAGUUCUCCAUGUCUGCCUGGUCAAAUAUCAAUGGAUCUGUGUCUGUAUUUUAUUGUUUUGCUCAAUACUCUUAGUUACCUGCCUGUACACAGACAUUUUGCUCCACUGCAUUGCAUCAACACAUAUUGACUUCUAACAGUUAUGCUCUCCACGGUCUGCACAAAUGAUCCUACAGGAAAUUUCCCCUCUGUCCUGGGCGCCAAUCUGCCGUAUCAAACAGGGAUCUAGAAAGCAGCUGACUAUGAACCAAAAUAAUGGUGUGUGACAACCUAGUGCUUUCGCGGGCCAGUCGCUUGUUUGUUUUGGGGGUUCUGCUUUGUCAUCAACAGCAUGGCUUUUCUAAUCUCUGCCACAAAGACAACAAUAAACUGUGGAAGGCCCCAGGUUGGCAGCAUGUGUGGCCAUGACCAGGGGGAGGUUUUGGGGGCUAUUUCGCCAGCCGUCAGUGCUGUGCAGCUUUUAGUCUAGCAUGAGACAGCCAAGGGUGAGCACCCAAGUUUUCACACAUUAAAGGUGCUGAAGGGAACCGAGCACUCCAGGGGAUACCACCAAACCCAGAGGAGAGAAGUGUACCACCAUGUUCAAGACCAGCUACCUGCGCGAGGUGCGCAAGGAAAAGUACGAGCGCUCAGAUGUCUUUGACGAGGAACCCGAGGACUCUGAAAGCUCUGCAGGCAUCUCAGCCAUCCAGGGCUGGGAGAGCCUUCAGGAGCUCAACAGCCGCUUUGCUCGGUACAUCAACAGAGCCCGAGUCCUUGAGCAACGCAACGCCGUAUUCCGCAAGCAGCUGGAGACACUGCAGCGGAUGGAGGAGGCCAGCGGGCUGGAGGAGGCCUUCACAGAGCAGAUCGAGGUCAACAGACAACGAAUCAGGGAGCUGGUGUCUGAGCACACCAAGCUGGAAAGAGAGCUGAAAGAUGUGUGCCGCAUGCUGGACGAAUUCACCAGCAAAUACAGAAAUGAAUGUGGUUAUCAAGAACAGCUACGAGGCACACUGGAACAGCUAAAUAAGGAGGCUGACAGUGCUCUGCUCAGAAACCUGGAGUACCAGAUCCAAUCACAGUUUCUGCAAGAUGAUAUUAACUCAACCAGAGAUAGACACAAGAAGAACCUGGCAGAGAUCCAGACCUAUGUAAACAUUUUGCAGCAAAUCAACCAGACUCUUCCCCUCACUCCCAACGUGUCAGUGGGCAUCUCCGAGGAGCAGGAGAAGCUGCUGGCCCAGAGGAAAGUGCCAGGGCUGCAGAGUCAGCUUGAAGAGUUCAAGAGCGCCCUCUGUCAGCUGCAGGCUCAGAAACAACGCCUACAGACUGAGACUUCAAUGUUGGAACAAGCCAUCAAAAGUACACAGGAGACGUACGAUGAUGAGAUCCAGAUGUACAAUGAGCAGAUUGAAUCCCUGCGAAAGGAGAUUGAGGAGGCUGAGAGGUCUUUAGAGAAGUACACCAAUGAAUGUCGCCACCUUUCCAUGUACCAGACAUCUCUGGAGAACGAGCUGGAGAGGUACAAGAGGAUCAUCGAGAACGAAGACAACAGGUUGAAUUCAGCGAUAAUUGGCACUCCCAUUACCCUGUUCACCACUAAUUAUCGCUUCGCUCACACACCCACUGCAUCAAGCCGAGGGAGAGAUAUCACCCUGGCCAUCCAAGAUAUCACCAGCAUCAAGCCCCGCCAGAAGAUCCUGGCAAAGAAGGUCUUCAAGAAAAAAGAGCUGUCCCCAAAAGAUGUGAUUGACAGCGGCCAGGAGGAGAGGAGUGAGGGAGCCAGUGGAGAUGCUCAGGAUGAAGAUGCAAAGGGGAUCCCAUAUGAGGAGGUGCAGGAGGAGAGGGUGAAGAGAAGCGAGCACAGGCCUGUUAUUACCGGAGUGUCUCCACAGGACGUCCCAGAUGGAGCUCAGAUCAGCAAGGCCUUCGAUACUCUUUGUAAUAUCGUCAGAGACAGAAUGAGGAAGUACAAGAAGCCCGAGCCAAUUGCCGACUUUUACACCAAGGGUCGCUAUGUUCUCGUCACUGGUGAUGGCAGCUACCCGGAUCCCUGCUUCUUCACCUCCACGCCAUCAGCCGGCCAUGUCUUUGUCACUAUCAGAGAUGGAACGACGCCUCCAUGUGAGUCAUAUGGACACAGAACUCCCUCUCCUACACCUCAGCCACUCGUGAUCCCUGAACCCCUCAGCCCCACCGAGCCUUCCAAGGGCGAGGAAGGAAAGGAUGAUAAUAAGGGUGGAAGGGGUAAAGACAAUGGAGGUACAGGGAAGCCCAAGGAUUUAGAACCUCAGCCUAACUCCAAAGAUCCAAGCCCAGUCCCUCCACCCUCUGGGCCGAGCUCCGGCCCUAAAGAUCCCACCCCAGCUGCUGACCAACCUAAGAAAAACAAGGACGAUGUCGGUCCUGGUGGGCCAACUCCAAAGCCUGCACCUCGAGGUACCAGCACCAGCUCCAGCUCUAGCACCAGCUCCAGCAGCUACACCCCCGAUGCCUUGAGCUACGAGAAGGUGGAGGUGGUGGAGUCUGUGGAAAAGUUCUCCAAUGGCCGCAAGAUGAAAGGUUAUGAGGAGACUUCCAUGGUGGUGGAGACCAUGAUUGAGAAGUCCAGCAAGAAGAAGCACUGAAAACAAAAAACCUGCCAUAAGAGCCAUUUGUGCAAAUCCACCAGGGUCCUAAACGACCCAGGACAAUCCUGAUGUUGAAGUCAGGCUACAUAAAUGCAACUGUUCCUCAAACUUCUGUAACAAGACCAUCGUUCACAUUCCUGCUUUGAUAGUCAACCCUCUUUCAUUUGCUUGCAGUCUCUGGUCUUGCGUCCAGAAUACGUUUGGCUGGUUCCAUAAGUAAUGCUGUUGUUGUUCGAUCUAACACCCAUGCUCAUGCUGAGUCCUUUACUGUCUGAAAACUUGGGAAAAUGAAAACUGAAGCUCCACCAAUAAAUUUUUUAAUGAGAAAAGAAACAAGAGAAGUUGUGCCACCCUUCUGAACUCUGUCUUAGAACUCCAACUUUCCCCUCUGAGCUCAUUUGUUUAAUUGGAUGCCACUGCCUGCCCUCAGCACAAUUUUGCUGUGUAUUAAUUUGCUUUGAUAUAUUGAAUAAUAAAUAUAAUUCAAACAUCAACUGAUGUUGUUUUUUUGCCAGACAUUGAACAUUAUACCAUUUCCAAAAAUGAUUUAAAAGGAAUAAAACCACUUAAACACAA